CAAGAACUGUCAAAGUGAACUUGUGAAAUUGUCGUUCGUUAAAAACAGGAGUUUAUUUUAUAUUUAUUUUACAAUGGAUAGCCGUUUGUAUGAAUCUAAAUUACCAAACCAUAAAAUAUUUAAAGAUCUAAAGGACUGUAUGAGUGAAAAUCCCAGCAAAAAGUUGCGUAGUUUGAUCGAGUUAAAGGAUGAUGUGUUUUAUGUUUGGAACUCAAAAGAAAAUUGUUUGUUGAGUUUAAACCUUAAACAUUUGGAAGAACAUGGAGAUGAGACGCCGUAUCAGAAACUACACUUCCUAUUCCCACCUGCAUUCGAAGUGGAAAGGAUUAUGAGCAGUAGCUGUGGCAGUCGUAUCUGCGUCUGGGGAUCCCGAGGAGUGACCAUAGCUGAACUUCCUUCGAGGUGGGGAAGAGGUGGACUCUUCGAUUCUGGCAAUCAGACAGUACUGUGCAAGAGUUAUUCUUUGGACGAAAGGUUCCUGUACUGCCAGGGUGAAGUACGUCGUGUCCAUUGGCACCCCGCGUCAUUAUCACACGUGUUCGUAUUGGGAUCGGAUAACACGAUCAGACUCUACAACAUAGCCCUGAAAAAAGGUCCGAAACCAGUCCAGACCUUCACAAUCGGCAUCAAACCGUCAAGCCAGUUAGCGGGUAAGAAUAUACUGGACAGUCUUGGAGACACUGCAGUGGACUUCACUCCUAUACCUGAUACGGAAACAUUGUUGAUACUGAGGGGGAAUGGAGACGUCUAUAUGAUGCAAUGCGAAUUGGAGCGUAAAAGUCCACUACAACCGAAAUUGUCGGGCCCUCUCGCGAUGUACCCGCCGGCGGACGACAACUAUGGUUCGGAGUCAUGUUGCAUCACCGCACUAGGAGGGGCGGACACUCCCCCUCUUGUGGUGGUCGCUACUUGCUCAGCAGCCUUGUACCAUUGCCUUCUGUUACCUAAUCCUUCGGAGAAAGAAGAUGGCGACACUCACGCUCUCUAUGUGGUAGAAGCAGUGGAACUUAACGUCAACUUGAGUCCCGAUGAUGAGCAAUCAUACUCGUAUCCCGUCGACUUAUAUCCUUGCACAAACAACACGUACGCAUGUGUACACGCUGGAGGCGUUCAUGCUAUCACACUGCCGAUACUGGGACAUCUCGUCGACUAUGCGCUGGCUGAUGAAGCGGAGAGUGAGUCGGUGCUGGGCGCGCUGUGCGGGCGGGGCAGCGCGGCGCGGCACGUGCUGCAGUGCGGCGUGCCGCCCGCGGGCCGCGCGCUCUCGGCGCCGCCGCUGCCGAGGCUGCUCGUACUUGUACAGCCUGCUACUCUAGUACCCAGAACACUGGAGCCCUUCGAUCUUGAAGAACAGCUCUACAAAGAGUUGCAGCUCAAGAACCCGACCUUGGAACAGGAUGACAUCAAUAAAAUACUGAAAGAGAGACAGAAACUUUCUUUCACGUCCAUCAUACAAGAGAUUCUUACAAGGGAUGUCUCUCAGCCCAUCCUUCAGAUCAACAAGAAAGAGGAGCCCAGUCCCAAACAGUGCUUAGAAUUUUUAAGUCAAGCUACACUAAAACUACGCGGCGAGUACAUCUCCCGGCAGCAGAGAGCGUGCGACGCCAUCGCUCGGAAGCUGCAAGCGUUGCGCUCGCUCAGCGACCAGCAUCAGGAGUGGCUGCACGACUUACAGAAAGAAAUAGAUGAAGUAAAGCUUCAGUCCACAGUUCUCCAAGAGAAAUGUAUGUUGGCUGAAAAACAUCAAGAUGAUCUGAAAUACAGAUGCGCUGCCGUGAUCCGCGCGGGUCGUGUGUCGGCGGGCCCGUGCCCCGCGGAGCGCGCCGUGCUCGCCGAGCUGCGCCAGCACGCCGCGCGACGACACGACAUGCUGCUACACAUCGCGCAGCUCAAACUGCACGCCGCAUACAGGGCGCAGGAGAUGGAGAAAUGGGAAUCGGAGUAUAAGAAGAAAGACAUAGCUCUCGGCCAAUCCCACAGUAACACGAUCUCCACUAUUCUACAGCAACAGACCAAUCAAAUAAAAACUCUUAUGGAGGAGACGAAACUACUGAAGGAUCAACUGAGUAUUGUUUAAAUUAUUUAGUAUUAGUAUAAUUAUUAAG